CGUCUCUUCUCCGUCUCGCCGGGGCCCAUAUCGCCCUGCGCCAUUGACGCCCCCCCCAUCUUUUCUUCCCUCUCCACUCGCACACGACCUGUCCACAUAGGCCCGGAUUCGACUUUGUGCUGACUCUCCCCCUCCCCUCCUUAACCCCUACUCCUCUUCCCCUCGACGAUGCCUAGAGUCAAUAUCCUGGACAUUGCCCGUGCCGUCGCACUGCCGGUGACGCACUCGCGGAGAGAGACCUACAAAAUCACCUCUUCGCUCGAAGAACUCGACGAGGUCCGCCGCCUGCUGCACACACGACGAGCACGAAGCUAUCCACCCUACGUGCUUUCGGUGCUCUCGGCCUACAUUCGCUGGCGGGGCGUGACGAAGCGCGACCGCCCGGCGCUCGAAGCGACACUACACAAGCUCGAAAGCGAGUUUCCCGAAUUUGCCGCCGAGUUCCGCGCCGUGCACAAGACACAUGGGCUGCAGCGCGACGGGUCUGAGGACGGGCGGGCGCGGCGCUCGCUAUGCCCGUGCGCGCACCACGCUGCUGCGGCAGCGGCGGUAGAUGCGCGCGAAGCAAGUGUGGCGCCCCCGCCGCCAUAUGCCCCUGCUGAGGCCAACCUCGACCUCUCGCGCCUCCUUGCGCACCGCCUGGCGUCGGAGGCCGGCGUCAACUCGUCACUGUAUGCUGCGGGGCGCGAUGCGGAGGACGCACUCAGCGCCCUUGGCGUGCCGAUGAGCCGCGCGGGGAGCGGGUCCUCCACAAGACCAGGGGACCACCGACGCCGCUCCUCGCUUAAAACACUUGUUGACUCGCAUCACAAUAAUACGAUCAGGUAACACCUCAUAAUUCUCACUCAUGCAUUGGACACUUGCUCGAC